CCCCCCUGCGAGCUGCAUGCGAGAGCGCCUGGCUAUAAAUACCACGCCGAUCCCAGAUCCAAAGCACAAACACCAUCUAAGAGCAGCAGCAACCACCAUUAGAGACGCACUUAGUUGCCAGUGCGACUAAGCUAGCAAGCUCGAGGAAGAUGGAGGUGGAGUCGAGCUCGCAUGGCGCCGGUGACGAGGCUGCGAGCAAGUUCUCGCUGCCGGUGGACUCGGAGCACAAGGCCAAGUCCUUCAGGCUCUUCUCCUUCGCCAACCCCCACAUGCGCACCUUCCACCUCUCCUGGAUCUCCUUCUUCACCUGCUUCGUCUCCACCUUCGCCGCCGCGCCGCUCGUCCCCAUCAUCCGCGACAACCUCAACCUCGCCAAGGCCGACAUCGGCAACGCCGGGGUGGCGUCCGUGUCUGGCUCUAUCUUCUCUAGGCUCGCCAUGGGGGCCAUCUGCGAUCUUCUUGGCCCUCGCUAUGGCUGCGCCUUUCUAGUCAUGCUCGCAGCGCCCACCGUCUUCUGCAUGUCCCUCAUCGACGAUGCGGCUGGCUACAUCACCGUCCGCUUCCUCAUCGGCUUCUCCCUCGCGACAUUUGUGUCGUGCCAGUACUGGAUGAGCACCAUGUUCAACAGCAAGAUCAUCGGCACUGUCAAUGGCCUCGCGGCUGGUUGGGGCAACAUGGGUGGUGGUGCCACUCAGCUCAUCAUGCCACUUGUCUUCCACGCCAUCCAAAAGUGUGGUGCCACUCCCUUUGUGGCAUGGCGUAUCGCCUACUUCGUGCCAGGAUUGAUGCACGUGGUGAUGGGCCUGCUCGUGCUCACCAUGGGGCAGGACCUCCCCGACGGCAACCUUGCGAGCCUCCAGAAGAAGGGAGACAUGGCCAAGGACAAGUUCUCCAAGGUUGUGUGGGGUGCUGUCACAAACUACCGUACGUGGAUCUUCGUCCUUCUGUACGGAUACUGCAUGGGUGUCGAGCUCACCACCGACAACGUCAUCGCCGAGUACUACUUCGACCACUUCCACCUUGACCUCCGGACAUCCGGCACCAUCGCCGCAUGCUUCGGCAUGGCAAACCUGGUCGCUAGGCCCAUGGGUGGCUACCUCUCUGACCUCGGUGCCCGCUACUUCGGCAUGCGUGCCCGCCUCUGGAACAUCUGGAUCCUCCAGACCGCUGGUGGUGCUUUCUGCCUCUGGCUCGGCCGUGCAAAAGCCCUCCCUGAAUCCAUCACUGCCAUGGUCCUCUUCUCCAUCUGUGCUCAGGCAGCGUGCGGUGCAAUCUUUGGUGUCAUCCCCUUCGUCUCCCGCCGCUCCCUCGGCAUCAUUUCGGGCCUGAGUGGAGCUGGUGGCAACUUUGGCGCCGGGCUGACACAAUUGCUCUUCUUCACUUCGUCGAAGUAUGGCACCGGCAUGGGGCUCGAGUACAUGGGUAUCAUGAUCAUGGCCUGCACGCUCCCUGUGGUGCUCGUGCACUUCCCACAGUGGGGAUCCAUGCUCUUGCCGCCCAACGCCAACGCCACCGAGGAGGACUUCUACGCGGCCGAGUGGUCGGAGGAGGAGAAGAAGAAGGGUCUCCAUAUCCCUGGCCAAAAGUUUGCCGAGAACUCCCGCUCAGAGCGUGGCAGGCGCAACGUCAUCCUUGCCACAGCCGCCACACCGCCCAACAACACUCCCCAGCACGCAUAAGACUUGAGCUUUUUUUUUACCUGUGUACACGUACAGUGCGCGUAUUAUAUACACAUCGUGUAUAUACGCCUGAAAUCCGCAAGUAUGUUUUUUGAAUGUUUUACAUUUCCGUAAGUAUAUAUGGGUAGUGAAUUUUCUAUGUAUGCGCGGGAAAUGCGUGGAUGCAUGUGCAUGUGCACUGCAUGCGAGCAAGGGUGUUUAUGUACGUGUCCACUUGGGGCCUCGGUUCCAAAGUUAAAUGAACAGUUUGAAUCUGUUUUGCCAUUGUACUUGUGUACCUCCGGUUCUUCAUCUACCGACAAAUGUGUAAACAAUUGGUGAGUUUA